AUGAAAACUGUCAUCGUCUUCGUGUGUUUUAUCGUGAUAGCAUAUGCUGCGGAGAAGUAUAGUUCAAAAUACGACAAUUUCGAUGUUGACACCCUCACUGACAAUGAUAGAUUACUGAAGUCCUAUGUUAAUUGUUUCCUUGACAAGGGAAGGUGCACCGCUGAAGGAUCUGAUUUCAAAAAAGCGCUCCCUGAAGCUGUAGAAACCUCCUGCGGGAAAUGUACUGAGAAGCAGAAGGUCAAUAUAAGGAAAGUAAUCAAGGCCAUUCAACAAAAGUUCCCCAAGCAAUGGGAAGAGCUAGUGAAAAAAAACGACCCCACAGGCAAACACCGCGCUGAUUUCGACAAGUUUAUUCAGGGAAGCUAA